AUGUGCCGACCAUCCACAGCCUCUCUGAUAUCUGAUAAUAUCAUUGAGAAUCUAAUACUAUCAGUAGCCUUGGUUGCUGCUACUGCCAUUGUAUUUGCCCCACAAUUCGAAUCCAUAUGGAAAUUCUUCUUGGUCGUCUUUGACAACAGUCAUAAUCACCUAACCACCAAGGGUACCGACAUACAAUAUCAAUUGACCAACCAACAUUUGGAACCUAUUGCCAAGCGCCAAUGGAGUCAACUUUUAGGUUGGAUCACAUUCCAUUCGGACCAAGUGGGAAAAUUGCGGGACUCGAAAGGACAAACCUUGCUGCAUCAUGCAUGCUUGUUUCAAUCCCCCUUGUUGGUGAUUGAAUGCAUCUUAUGGGCGGCACCCGAACUUGCGUCAGUCCCCAACAAAGAUGGGGAAGUUCCGCUCCACUGGGCCGUGCGAUUGUCCUCGCAAAAUCCAGUCUUGAGUAUUUUGCUGAAAACGGAUCCGGACACGGCGUUUGUAGUGGAUUAUACCAAGUCCACGCCAUUGGCCAUGAUGUGGGAACGACAUUACAAACCAAGCAUGGAAAUCUUUCGGUAUCGCCCAGAGGUAUUGGCAUCGAACAAUGCCUGGAAGCGACUCAUGUGCGUCUUGCAAGCCGUCAGUCAGGCACAGGGUAGUCAGGAGUUCUACCCCUUGCACAUUGCUGCUCAAAAGGUUACACCCACGGGUUUGUUUCCGUUUCUGGUGCAAGUAUAUGAGGAUCAAUUAUUGAUAGAAGAUGAAAAUGGGCAUACUCCAUUGACAAUCGCCUGUCAGAAUCCAGAGGCCAAUCGAUCCAUUGACGUUCAUACCAAGAUUGGAUUUCUGUUGAACGCCAAUCCGGAGCAAGCCAAGCACCCAGUGCCAAAUUCGAAUGGUAAGUUCCAUUUGCACUAUGCCUUGGAAGCGGGAAUUGGUUGGAAGGAAGGUUUGGAGGCACUGAUCAGAAUUAAUCCAUUCGCACUCUCCGAAAGGGAUCCAUCUGCUGGUUUGUAUCCAUUUGCUCUGGCGGCAGUGGCAGCCACCAAUCAUUGCAAUUAUGGUGAUGCACCAGAGGGCAAACAAGCUAAUAGUAGAGAGAUGAUGGAUCAUCACUUGACAACGAUAUAUGACCUUUUACGAUCCGAUCCAUCCCUCUUACGAAUGCAAGUAGUACAACAAUGA